CAUUUUGAUUAUAAAUUGUUAGAGAUGGCAUUGACAGUGAAAUAAGUCUACUUUCUGUCUGCUUCUCUCGUUAGUUACUUUAUUACCAGAACUCGCCAACAUUCCUCGUUUUUGUCUUCAGUUUAGAUGUGCUAGCAGUUUCUCUGGCUUUCUUUAAGCUUUUUUCUUUAAUGGCUUCCUGCAGAAAUGCAUCAAACCAGACCUUGCCCGGAUCAAAAUCAAGUCUUGAUUAGGUGUUUUUGAAGCAUUUCUGAUACGGUUUUUGAGCUGCGAAAUUCUGGAGCAAGUGUUUGCGAGAAGUCCUAGAGAGAGUUUUGGAGUAGUAAAGUUCUGUUCUUUGGUGCUAAAAUGAGAGAUUUCCCAUCUUGUUUUGGUGAAAAUGGGGUACAAAUAGCUGAUUCUUCGUCUUCAAAUACUAGUAAAAAUGCACAGAAUUUGGUUACCUGUGUGUAUCAAUGUCGAAUUCGAGGCCGAUCUUGCUUGAUCACUAUAACGUGGAGUAAGAAUUUGAUGGGUCAAGGCCUAAGUGUAGGGAUUGAUGAUUCUGCAAAUCAGUGUUUAUGCAAGGUUGAUAUUAAACCGUGGUUGUUCUCAAAAAGAAAAGGGUCUAAGAGCUUAGAAGCAUAUUCUUGUAAAAUUGACAUAUACUGGGACCUUUCAUCGGCUAAAUUUGGAUCUGGUCCUGAACCAUUUGAGGGCUUUUAUGUUGCUGUUGUUGUGGAUAGGCAAAUGGUUCUGAUUCUCGGGGAUAUGAGAAAAGAAGCUUUCAAGAAAACUGGUGCCACUCCUAUUCCUUCCAAUGCUGUUUUUGUUGCUAAGAGAGAGCAUGUCUUUGGAAAGAAAGUGUUCUGUACCAAGGCUCGGUUUUGUGACAAUGGUCAAAUCCAUGAUCUCAUGAUUGAAUGCGACACAAUUGGUGUCAGUGAUCCGUGUCUUUUGGUUCGUGUGGACUGCAAGACCGUGAUGCAGGUGAAGCGACUCCGAUGGAAGUUCCGGGGGAACCACACCAUUUUGGUUGACGGGCUAGCAAUUGAAGUGUUCUGGGAUGUACAUAAUUGGCUCUUUGGUGCAUCAGUUGGAAAUGCUGUUUUUAUGUUCAAGACCUGCACGUCAGCCGAGAAGUUAUGGUCUAGCCAACAACUUUCAGAUCCAAAUGUGUUGCCGUGGUCCUUCUCCCAGAGAUUUCUGGAUUCCAAAUCACAAAAUCUUGGUUUUUCAUUGAUUUUGUAUGCUUGGAAGCAUGAAUAGAGAGACUCAGAAAUCUUCUUUGAGUGCUAACAAAAACAUUAGUGAGUUGUGAUAUUUAUUAAUCAUGUGAUUGGUUACACUUAAUUUUAUUAAACAGAUCCAUUUGUUUUUUACUUCGCCUUUUUUUUCAGUUGACAAUUUCAGCUAUUGAAUGGAUCAGAUAGAAUUGUGUUUUCAGUUACCUGUGCAUCCUUCAUGAUGUAUUUCUCAUAUUCAUUUUUAUGUUUCCUAUUAGAAAUCCAAUAUCAAGGAAAUAUUUAUCUUCAAUGUAGCCUUUUUUGUGGCCUGAAUUUGUUAGACCACAUGCAGCUUUUAGCAUAUCCUGCUGCGGUGACUUUUCUCGUUGAAUUCCUCAUCAUGAAUUCGUGGUAUAGAAUAUCUGAACUGUAUGUGCUCCCUUUUCCUAAAGUUGUUCCAGGCGAUGCCAAAAUUAUAUCUGGGUGACUUGCCAUUAGCUGGAAUCGAUCUCCAUGUGAUGCAGGUGUCGUGGUUAUUUCAUCUAACUCGGGGAGACAAAGUACAAGGUUAGUUUAUGUUUGGUGUUCCAACAAUUUUAAUCUCCCAAUCCAAUUCAUCAGCAUUGAAAAGACUCAAAUCUAGUGAGGUUUUUCGGGAACCUCGUCAGAAAGGCCUACUCAAGGGACAAAACUUCAGCAGAUAACUUUCAAGUGUGGCCACAGGACAGUGAGAAACACUGUCGUUGGAUGGGAGGGACUUGUAAUUUUCUUUCGGGUUUGGUUUUCUAUGAAUGCCCUGUUUGAGCAUAUGGAGUUACUGACUUCUAACUUCUCGUGUGGAGCUUCUAUUCUUCCCAGUUUGGGGCUACUAUGAACAUAAUUAGCUGCACCAUUCCUGUCAUCUUUUUUAUUGAAUUGCAGGCUUUUGUAUCUUUGGUUGGUUGGGAGGGCAACUGUGUUUUCGUUCUUUGCACCUUGAUUAUUAUGUUUACUGUUUCAGUGGUGCUCCAGUUCCCUUCCUUUCUCUUUCACAGCUGGUUCUUAACCACUGGGGAGACAAAAUAACAUGCGUCUCUCUCCAUCUUGCUCAACUAUCUUCUGUGCUCUUUUCUGUUUAAAGGACGAAGAGCAGUUAUAAUUGCCUGUGUCAAAGCAUUGCAGGAGGUUAUUGCUCUGCAGGAUUUCAGCGGGGUAUAUCAGAGCUCAAUCACUCCAACAUUCAUUCUUGUAUGUAUUCACCUUAGUUGGGUGAUGCAAUGGAUGUGUGGUGAUCUUUUGAAAAUUCGUUCCAUCUUGUGACAUGCUACAGUGAAGCUGAUAUGCAGAAUCUAGAAUGCAAUUUCAUCGUAAGUUCAAGACUGCGAAUUGCCUGGAAUCUCACCUAGAAGCUCAUGUCAGUCCAGUUCAGGUGACUCUGGUUGCAAGGCAUGCUCGUAUACUUAAUGAUUCAAGCCUCCAGCUAUUCUUCAUGUCCAGUCUCAAUUUAAGUUUCUAGCUGGCAUGUUUAGACAUUGCAGGCAUGAAAGCUUGCUGUAAUUCUCUUCACUUCAUCCUUGGGGGAUUGAAAUUUUGAUAUACAUGACAAGAGUAUAUGCUUGGUUACA